AUGCACCGACUUAUGCCACCAGCGACGAAAUACGUCGCCAUCUUGCGGGAACCUUACGCUCAGUUCUGGUCGACAAUGAAUUACUUUCACGGCUUUCAGGAGUCAUCGCCGCUGCACGGGCAGCGCAUACGGAAGCAGGGUAAAGUGUUUCUCGGCGAUCCGGACUUCUACUACGAGUAUCUCGACUACAGCGCGCGCCACUCGAUUCAGAUGUCGCACGAUCUCGGCCUUCCGGCUCGACACCGCCGAAACGAGACGGAAAUAGCCGAGUUUCUCCGAAGAACCGACGAGGACUUCGAUCUGGUUCUCAUCAGAGAGUACUUCGACGAGUCACUCGUGCUGCUGCGUCGCCUGCUCUGCUGGCCUCUACGUAGCAUCGUCUAUCAAACUCGCAACGCAAAGACGUACGAGACGUCUGUGACGCCGACGACGUCCUCGCAGGAGCACGAGAACGAGGAUCGGAAUUUGAGAGCGGCGUAUCGCGCCUGGAACGCGGCCGACGCUCGUCUCUACGAUCAUUUCAACGCAACGCUGUGGAAGCGCAUAGCAAGAGAGGAGAACUUCCACGAGGAGGUUUCCUUCUUCAGGAUGACGAACAGGAAGGUUUCGAUCGCCUGCGCUAGGCUCGGUCGUCUAAAGAAGAAGUCGUCGGCGGUGCGCGUUCGCAAGUCUAAGUGGUCGCCAGCGUUUAGUAUCGACGGUGGGGUUUGUCAUAGAUUGGAGCUCGAUAUGAUAUCCUACCUGAAGCGCCUAAAACUUUCCUACUAUGAACGAAGCAACUCGUCCAAGAACGCGUGA